AUGGGGAUGCUGAUGUCUAUGCUAUGUUUAAUGACCACAAUAAGUGACAUCCAUGUCUAUGUUGAGGAAGAUAGAGAAUUGGAUGUUGUCCCUUUUAGACUGCCAUAUGAUUAUGCAAGUCCUGAACCUCCAAAGGCAACAAAUUUGAAGAUACAAGGUGAUCUCAAGGUAAAUAAUACAAUAAUCAUUACUGGCACUGUUAUUGGAGGGGCUGAAGUUGCUAGUGUAGUUCAAUGGUAUAAGACCUCUACUACACAAUUAGAUAUUCAGGAUGGUCUUGAAGAGAUCAGCAUGUCUAGCACUGAAAAGGAAUUCCUAUUACCAGUAGGAGUUGUUGGCAAUUACAUUGUUGCAAAGUAUACUCCUAUGACUUAUGAUGGUAAAUCAGGUGAACCAGUGUUUGCUACCUCAGAAAAAGUUGUUGAGAGUGAAAUUAAUACUCAAAACAAGAAAGUUCGAGGAAAAAACCAAAACAAGAAAGUGGCUGGGCUCAAAUCUGGGGAAAAGCUUCCAAUUAUUUUCUAUAACAAUCGAGCAGUGGGGGAGAACCAUCAAUUUUGGUCAAGGCACUUGGGAAGAGUUGUGCGUGAUCGAACCAUUUGUCCUGUACGAGUGAAAGCUUGGAAAGAGAUUGGGGAAAAUGAAAAAAAUCACAUGUGGGAAGCGAUUAAGGAAAAAUUUGAGAACCCUGACAUAGAGUUGUAUCGUGACCACACCUUAGAGCAUAUGAAUGUUUUGUGGUCGAAUUGGAGAUCAAGUUUAAAUACUAUGUAUGUUAAACCUUGCAAAACUGUAGCUGAGGCUUUGAAAAAUAAGCCACAAAGUAUGGAUAAGGAGGAUUGGGAAUGGCUUCUAACUAAACACUUUUUAACUGAGGAUUUUCAGAAAAUAAGCUCUCAAGCCUCUCAAAAUAAAGCUAAAUCUUCAAUGCCUCAUCGCACGGGUAGUAAGCCUCAUAGAGAAAUCAUUUAUGAAAUGGGAGGGAAAAAAGGUAAUCCACCUGAUAUGGGAAAGAUUUUUUUUGAAACUCGAAAGAAGAAUGGAAAGUUGGUUGAGCCUGAAGCUGAAGAAAAAUAUGAUCAAAUUUUAGAGACCAUUCAAGCAGAUCCAACAAUUUCUAAUAUUGAGGUAGUUGAAAAAUGUUUUGGAGUGCAACGUCACAGCCAUGUGUUUGGGUAUGGCGGUGGAAUCAAACGAAAAAACUUUAAAGAUCCUAGCAAAAAGAAGAUGGAAGAGCUUCAAACUAAACUUAAUGAUAAGGAUGAAGAAAAUCUCAUCCUAAAGAGGCGCAUUAUAGAGUUUGAAGACAGAUUGCAAAGGCUUGAAUCUUUUAUGCAAAAACCAUCUACUCUUGACGAAAAUGUUCAGGAGGAAAAUGUUCAAAGCUAAACCAUAUGACAGCUUUUUCUGUAACUUUUUACAAAACAGGUAUU